UCUGAUGACUCGCGAGCUGUUCGGAAGUGUUCCGUCUGACCUCCGGUGGUCCCCGCCCGUAAAAGGCCAGAAUCUGGUCCAGUUGGGGCAAGUGCAGGCCAGUCUUACCUGGCAGUGUGAGUGUUUGUGGCGCUAAAGAGGCGCCUGUGUAAUUUGGGGUUGAUUGCUUUCUGGGGGAAUUACCAGCAAACACACCGGCGGCCUCCAACCCCUUGGCCCGUGGAACCCGUGGUGGCGACGGAGCGUGUCACGGCGGAGAUUAUAUUUCCAUAUCACUUUGGAAUAUUAUUGCCGGUGCUGGUGAAACCUGGGGACGACGACGACAACUGUUUGCACAUCCACACACAACAGUCGAGGGAACGGACGGAACGGUUUCUGCAUGAGCAAACAACAUCCUGCAGGUCCUCUCGUGGCUGCCAACCGGUGGAACCGUUCCGCGUGCCAAGUGCCAAGCCAACUAGAGCGCGUGAAAUUGUCUGCCAAGUGGAAGAAAUCAAAUUUCGUCGAAUAAACCGUGUAACUGUUCACUUGCAGGAAAAAAACGAAGUGUUUCAUCCAACAUACGUAAACCCAUCGGAUUCUGAGAAGGAAGCCAAAAAAAAAGACCCCGUAAAAGUGUGUGUCUGUGCUAAAGUUGAUGGAAAAUGGCGACGGCAACCGGGGAAAUAUGUAAAAUUGAAAUCGGAAAAUGUUUGCUUUUCGUCACGCUGCUAACGAGUGUUUGCUUCCGAGCCAUCCGGAGCGAUGAGGCGGCCGCGUCGGCCCCGGACGCCAACCAUCCGCAACCGUCGGCGGAACCGGAAACCUCCACCGGAUGUCCGCCGCCGGAUCUAAAGGUUUCCCGCCCGCGGAAGCAUUACCCCACCACGGAGGCCCCGUUCGUAACGUUCGAAACUACGCAGAUCUACGUGCCGCAGGACUUUACGACGGCAGACUUUGAGUUCGUGGACGGGAAAAAGUCCGCCGUAGCCGGUAUCAGCCUGGACAACCAGGAGGCCCAACUGACGCACGAUGACACACCAUUCUGGUGGGAGAUGGGCAUCCAGAAUGCCGAAGCUCGGGAAUCGUUGGCCGCGGCCUCAUUCCCAGGAUCGUCGUACAAAAAUCGAGCCAAACGAGCCCUCAGACGUCGACCGGCCCGUCGCUUCCGGCGUUCAUCCCUUUCGGACGGAUCGUACGGCCAGGACAACGCCCUGCACCAGGAACAAACGCCGGUGAUCGUGAUCAACAACGUGUUCAACGAGAACGACAGCGAUCACAGCGUGUACGACAAUGUCUUCCUCAACGGGAACCAGCUGGACGGUGCUGACGGGCAGGACAACGAGGACCGGGAGGAUCGUUACGUGGAUAAGAACGAGAUCGGGGAGGUGCUGGAAGCGGAGGUCGAGGACGACGGACGUGGUGGGGUGGCGGGGAUUAUGGCCCGAGUCAAGCGAAAGUCGGGCAAAACGACGGGUGCGCUGAGCAGGGCCAAGGGAAGUGGCAGCGACAGCGGAGGCAGCAAGAGUAUCACCAGACAUAACAAGCAAGAACACGAUCUAGAUCACCCGGACGACCCGGAGCAAGAGGACCGCGGCAAGGGCGGCCGUACCUCCGAGGACGCCACCCUGCAGCUGCAGGGGCUACCCGACCAGGGUGAUUCCAUGGUACGUGGUAAGCGUAAGUCCGGUAAGGCCACGGGUGCUCUAAGUCGUCCGAAGGGCGGUAGCGAUAGUGGCAGCAAAAGUAUCAAUCGCAAUUCCAACAAAGGAAACUUUGACGAGGACGGAAGCUAUGUUCCUCCGCUGCCGGACUCGCGGGAGAACCCCGACCGGGAAGAGUCCAGCGAAGAGAUCGAGGAAAGUCCCGAGCUGCACCAGUUCCGCGAGGUCUCCGAGGUGCGUUUCCAGGGUGAGGUGGGACCGCUCGGGGGGCAUCGGCUGUGCAAGAUCCAGUGCGUCCGCGGCCACUGGGUGGGACCGGUUUGUGCGAUGAACGAGCACGAGCAGGACGAAAACGGCCAGCUCAAGUUCGAACCGCUGUACAAGCGCUGCGUGGUGGACCACAUUCCGCCGCAUCUGCUGCUGAGCUACAAGAAUGUUUCGGUGACUCUGGGCUGGGAUCUUCCCCAUGGACAUACCUUGCAAGCGCGAUGCCGCGAUUUGGGACUCUACAAACUGCUGGGUGAAACGAAGGUUCUCUGCUCCAACGGACUCUGGGCUCCGAAGAUGCCAUCCUGCGUUCCGACUACACUGCUGACCAAUUAUUCUGAUGAUAGUCCUCCGUCAAUCCGCAUCAAGGUGGGCGUCGGUUCAGCGGCCUACGAGCCUUCCGGUGUGUUAGCAGUCCUUCCAACCAGUACCAUGCACUUGGACUGCAUGUAUCCACGACGCCGAGGAUCUCCCGAGUGGACCUGGACCGGGUGGUUCCGGCAAUAUCUAACCGGUUGGUCUGCGGUUCCAGAGGAGAAGGCCUCCCGCUACCGGCUCACCAUCAAGGACAUCCAGGCGCAGGACUCGGGCACGUACACGUGCGCCUCGCCACGUGGCCUCACCAACAGUAUCGUGAUUGUGGUGGCAGUUUCACAGUGUGCAGCUUUGACCGAGCCAAGACCACCGUUAUCACUACGCCUAGAAGGCAUUAAACUUGGUCAGAGGGCACUUUAUCGCUGCCCACUAGGGUACUCCCUGCAAGGAACAGCGAAUGCAACCUGCUUGGCUUCCGGAAAUUGGUCCUCGCCGCAACCCAACUGUCAUCCGAUCCAGUGUCCGCCGCUUUUCCUGGAAGAUCCGCACCUGAGUCUAGUUGAGCUCAACACCUCGGCCUGGGGACGUGCCGUUUUCCGCUGUGCCUGGGGAUACCGCCUCAGUGGUCCGCCCGGGUUGGAGUGCGAACCGAACGGUCACUGGAGCGGACCCAUCCCAAGAUGUCGUGCGAUCCAGUGUCCGCAGCCGUUGAUUCCGCUGAACGGACGCAUCGACGGAACGAGCGGGCUGAACACGUUCGGCCAGCGCAACAAUCGGUACGCCGUCGGUGCGCUGGUCACCUUUAGCUGCACCGAGGGCCACCUGCUGGUGGGGGAAGCAUCGAUAGUGUGCACCGAAACAGGCUUCUGGUCCCAUCCGCCGCCGUUCUGUAAGGCCCAGUGCCCGUACCCGGGAGAUCCCCCGAAUGGAUUGAUAGCUCCGCUCAAGUUCCACUAUGACCCGGGAGACUACCUGACGGUGCAGUGCCGACCCGGCUUCGUUGAGCACGGAGUCAACGGUGGACCGCCGGAACGUCCGCGCUGUACGCCCGAAGGAGACUGGUCCGGACCGGUGCCCCAGUGUCGAAGCUACGAGGAGAUCUAACCAACCCAAGGAACCCGGACCCCGGAAGACCGCAUUGUGAUAACACAGUAAAGAUUCUAUACAGGAAACUCUUGUAUGACAAGAGGAGCGGAGUGGAUACGGAGCUACGUGCAGCCUGAUCUCGUUACGUAAUCUACGAAUGGUUUGAUGUUUUUUAUGAAAGUACAACUUGAAACGGUUUACCCCAUGUAGAGCAGACAAAAACACACACACACACACACAUAUAUAUAUAGUAUUUGAAGCCAUCCAAGAGACACGUGGUACUGUACCUUAUAGUAGAUAUCAGUAGUUUUCCAAAAUAAGCGUUUAGGACGAGGAUGAGAGCGACAACGCUCCGGAAGCAAUUCUUUGGACGAAUUUACCUUCACAAUAAUUAUUAUCCAACUGCAGCAGAUUUCUAGCACGUAAACCUAGUCGUUUAUUGCGAAUCAGAUAACAUUGUCGACAAAACCGCGCAAUAACAGAGAUUGUUUCUAUGUUCCCACCUAUAUAUAUCAAACAACAGCAGCAACAGCCUAUAUAUCUCCUAACACACAACUCUUGAUCAAUCAUAUCAAUCCAAAUGUAAAACAUUUACUUUGUCUAAAACUCUAUCUAUCAAAACAAAGAAAAAAAAUCUAUGUAAAACGCUUAGAUCACACCGAUCGACACAGAGAACAAACAUACACAAACUCUAUAAUCAAAACCGCUUAACUUACCACAUUUAACGACUAUUCUUACUGUCACGCUUCACUUUUUCAAACUCACAGUUUGUUCAAUAGUUUAAAACAAACAAUGUCAGAAUGAUGGAAUGUAUAAUUCCCAACCACUGACAACAGUUUAGUAAACCCAAGUAAGUUACAAACAGUUUACAAGUUGCAUAAAAAAACAGACUCAAAACAGAUUGUUUUAACAGUAUAAUCAACCUUAAAAAAGGUCCUUCAUUACAAACAUAGCCCUUAACUCUAGAGAAACGCUUGAGUUUGAGUAACUUUUCCGACUAACAGAUGUUCCAUUUAAAAAUCAAAUAUACAUCCCACUGUUACUGUGAAAUCAAUUAUUAUUGCAUGGAGAAAUAAAGUACAUGUAUUAAAAAAAACCUG